AUGACCUGUCACUUUUGGACCCUCCGUCUUGUCGAUUUCGCGUGCCCCGGCAGACUGGGACGGCGAACAGACAUUUUGGGCUGGGGGCAGGGGUGUUUCAAAACCGAUAGACGAAUUGCGGGAGAACAACUGCCGGGAUUUAGUCGAGGCGACUAUUCGCGAUUCGACGGCGGUGUGUCAAAGGUGAGAUGGCGUGUACCCGUCACGCUAGGCACAGACACAGGCGCCGCCCAUCCGCUCAGCUGGAACAAUGAAAGCAAAGCCGGACCCCGCGCGCUACUGCGCCAGAGCGCGCCAAACCUGUACGGCGCUACCGAUGUUCGAUAG